CAGUACUUUGCUCAUCCUCUCUAAGACGAUCAAAGCAAAUCAAUUCUACGAGGUAGGACGAUUGCUUGGUCUAACAAAGAUGGAUCUUCAACACAUAAAGCACCGGACGUUCUCCAACCAGAAAGAUGCCAACAUCCAAAUGCUUUAUAAGUGGAAGUCAUCCCAAAUAUCGGCAGAGAAAGGCAUGCAGACUCUGAAACUUGUUUGGGAAUCAAUACAAGCAGUAGGAAAAACAGAAAGCUGCGAAGAUUUCAUGGAUAAAGGAGAUUCCGCUCGUCUGGACCAAGUUCCUGCAGAGGACACUAUACCAUGUGGACCUACCUACGAAUCAGAGGAUAUGGACUCAUACACUGAAGUGGAUGCUCGCGGUGGAUCCGGGGGUGGAACUCCGGUGAAAUAUGAGAAUUCUCACGAAGAUCCCGACUUACAUGGCGGAAUGUCAAACACAGAAGACCUUUGCAGCGUUGCCCGUCCGGUAAAAAGUCUCUCACAAGUAUGUCUACUUGGGAAAUCACUUUGUCUGGGUGAUGACGUCAUUCUUGAGAUCAUAGAUCUACAAAGACUGUCAGUGCUUCAUAGCAUCGCACGGCAGAUUCUAGACAUUUGGUGGCAUGGUUUGAAAGAGGACGAAAGGAAAGAUCAGAGUUCAAAGCUGCUUCUCGAAUACAACAUUACAAAAAUCAAAGAAGCUAUUUGCUAA